AUGCAUUUGAUGUGCGAGCGAUUGUCUGCGGUUUUUGCGGGCGUCUUAGUUGGUUUGUGGUACGGUAAGACCUUUUCCGAGGAGGAAAAGCCCAAGGAGAAGGGCAAGAAGAAGUAGACCUACACUCGCAGGUCCCGCAGAAAUCAGAAAUAAGAAAGCUCGAAUUUCUUAGUAGUCGAGUCGGAAAACUUCAAGCCAGUUCAACGUCCUGUCAACGCGGCAGCCCUGACAUAGCUCAGUGUUUAUUUGGCUUUACAACCAGUAUAUCAGACUUUCGACGUACACAAAA